AUGACGCGGGGUUUGCCGAGGGACUUUUUACUGGCCAUGGGGAGGGUCGACAAGCACUCCAGCCUAGCUGACGGCCUCGAGUCCUUGGACACGGGCGGUUUCCUGGGCGUGCCGGACUCUCCACAGUUGAUAGGCGAGAUCGCGGCUGAGCAGAGCCACCUUCCAUCGCGCCUCGCGGUUCGAGACUGCCAUGUCUGCCCGGUUCAUAAGGGACUGCUGCACCCUUCCGGUGCACUCUCACAGCGUUUACUGCAGUGUCGCUAUUGCUCCACACGCUUUACAGUCGUCGGAUGUAUAAAUGUCUGGGUAACAGAGGCGCAGGAUCACUGGGUUCGGGUUAGCCUUGUCUUCACAGACAUGACUGAUCCAGGGAUAAACUUCCAGCUUAAUGGCAUACUGACACCUCAGGAUCAAGAUAUCGCUGGCAGAACUAUUUGUGGGCUGACAGUCGACAUACUCAGCUCCGAGUGUAUAUGCGCAACCGACAUAUUUAGUGCCCGAGACGCUACCGUUAACCUGAUGAACUCAUGCCAGUUUACACAUUGUGACCUUGCUUUGCAGCUACUGAGUGGCAACCUGGCGAUGGCAGUCAACGACACACACAUUAAUACGCUCGUCAAUGGUGUGGCUAGUGUCGCAGAAGUUUGCUCAAACGACAGUGCCAUAGUGGCAGGAGAUAACCCACCGACGUACAGCGGAGUACUUACGGUCGCUCAUGAGAUCGCACAUGCGCUAGGGGCCACUCACGACGGUGAAAAGUCAGAGCUUGUCAUGGAUGGGUAUCCAAAUGAUCUGAACUGCGCGUGGGAAGAUGAAUACUUGAUGAGCCCAGCGAGCGGAGGGAAAAACAGUGGAAGGCUUUCAUACUGCACGAAGGAGCAAAUCAAGUUUGUAGUCAGUACUUUGCCACAAUAUUGCAUCAAUAUUAGUACGAAAGCGAACUACUCCAACAACUUUUAUCCUGGACAAAACAUGACACCAAAAAUAUUUUGUGAAACAAUGCAUCCACAACAAGAGGAUGUGAACGCCUCCGAGCCCAAUGGCAGUGGCGAUCAACAAUGCACAAUAGAGUGUUGCUGGAAAUAUGAACUUGAAAAUGUGCAAGAGCGAGAGGUCAUCAGCAUUGACGAUUCGGAGAUUUCCCACGACAGCAGUGAGUACUAUUAUGGAGAGCCCAGGGAUUGUGAAAAGCACAGCAUGCCAGAAGCAAUGUCUUGUGGCGAAAAUAAG